AUGCAGAUUUUCGUCAAGACAUUGACAGGCAAAACAAUCACGCUUGAGGUCGAGUCAUCCGACACGAUCGACAACGUGAAGGCCAAAAUUCAAGAUAAGGAAGGCAUUCCUCCAGACCAACAGCGCUUGAUUUUUGCUGGCAAGCAGCUGGAGGAUGGACGUACACUGAGUGACUACAACAUCCAGAAGGAAUCGACGCUGCAUCUCGUGCUUCGUCUGCGUGGUGGUAUGCAGAUUUUCGUCAAGACAUUGACAGGCAAAACAAUCACGCUUGAGGUCGAGUCAUCCGACACGAUCGACAACGUGAAGGCCAAAAUUCAAGAUAAGGAAGGCAUUCCUCCAGACCAACAGCGCUUGAUUUUUGCUGGCAAGCAGCUGGAGGAUGGACGUACACUGAGUGACUACAACAUCCAGAAGGAAUCGACACUGCAUCUCGUGCUUCGUCUGCGCGGCGGUGUGAUGUAG